AUGAACUUUAUGGAAGCAGCAGAGAAAAAAAGAGAAUCUGAGAAUUCAUCAUAUUUGCGAUCAAGUGGGUCCCACUAUUUUCCUUUUGAUUUAAAUGAUUAUUCUUACGAACCUUUUGAAGAUUUGGAAUCAACUAAAAAUACAAUAGUAAAUGCUGUUUUAACUAAAUUUGAUAAUUUUACUGAACUAGAGAAAGAAAACAACUUAAAAGAUUUACGAGGUUUAAGAAAAUAUACUGAGGAGCUAUUAUGGUUAAAUAUGGGAAAUUGCUCAGAAAAUCUUUCACGCUUUAUAUUUAUUUCUACAGUUUUUGAAUUAGAAAAAAGAUAUUUAGAAACAUCAAUAAAUAUGUCUUUGUGGGAAGUAGAAUGGAAGUGUAUGUGUAUUGUUGAAAAGGAAUACAUAUGUAAAAUAGAACGUAAUAAUUGGCAUGUUAUGUUGAAUGAAAUGAAAUAUGAGUUUACACACACUAUACUCCUAGAAAAUAUAAACAAGAAACAUCUAGAAUAUUUAUGGAACAGAUGGCUUGAAAUAAUGAAGAAUUAUUAUAUGCAAAGGCAAGGAGAUCUUAUAGAAUCGUUUGUUGAUGAAAUGAAAAGAACUACUAUUCCUAUUAAUUUCUUGAGCUAUUAUAGUUCAUAUAAUUCAUUGUGGAAAAGCUGUAGAUUUUUUUACAAUAAUACUUUUAAAAAGUAUUUAUUGAAUGCCAGAAAAGACUGGUCAGAAUUCAUGUUAGGACAUAGAAUAAAUAGAGUUAAUCAUUCAUCAUUACGAAAUCGAAAUGAAACUAUUAUUGAACAAAACAUAGUACAAAAUCCAUCUUAUAGGACAGAACAAGAGAAAGAAAAAGAGAAAAAACAUUCAGAAGAACAAACUAUAUCACAAGUGAAAGGACAAAAAUCAGAACACAUAGAAGUAAAAAGUAAAGCACAAGAAUCCACAUACAUGAAAAAACAUAUAGAACAAAAAAUGGAACAAAUGCAAGAACACAACCAAGAAUACAUGAAAAGACAAAUUAAAGAACAAGCAUCGACAUACAUGGCAAAACCUAUGGAGGAACAUACAAAAGAACAUAUGAAAGGACAAAAUUUGGAACACAUAGAGGAGAAAAAGAUAAAAAACAAAGAAGGACAAUUUAGAGAACAUGUAUUAAUAUACCUCGUAAAAGAAUUGGAAGAACAAAUAAAAGAACAAGUGAAAAAAUCAGAUUCAGAAAAUAUGAUGUCACAAAUGAAAGCACAUGAAUUAGUACUUAUGGUAGAAAAACUGAAAGAACAAAUGCUGAAGCAAAUAGGAGAAAAAGAAAUAGAACAAGAAAAGAGAAAUGAAUCAGAAAAAAUAUUGGAAUUAAAACCAAAAAAAACACAAGAAGAAAAAAUACAAGAAACAAAAGAAGGAAAUGAAGAAGAAAUACAAGAAAAAGAAAAAGAAGAAGAAACACAAGAAGAAAAAACACAAGAAACAAAAGAAGGGAAAGAAGAAGAAAUACAAGAAAAAGAAAAAGAAGAAGAAACACAAGAAGAAAAAACACAAGAAACAAAAGAAGGAAAAGAAGAAGAAACACAAGAAGAAAAAACACAAGAAACAAAAGAAGGGAAAGAAGAAGAAAUACAAGAAAAAGAAAAAGAAGAAGAAACACAAGAAGAAAAAACACAAGAAACAAAAGAAGGGAAAGAAGAAGAAAUACAAGAAAAAGAAAAAGAAGAAGAAACACAAGAAGAAAAAACACAAGAAACAAAAGAAGGAAAAGAAGAAGAAACACAAGAAGAAAAAAUACAAGAAAAAGAAAAAGAAGAAAAAAAACAAGAAGAAAUAUCAGAAAAAAUAACAUGGAAACAUUCGCUACAAGAAUUAAAAGAAGAAAAUAGUAAUGCAUUUGAUCAAAUUACAAUACUAACUCCCAAAAAAAUUCAGGAAUACAUAAAAGAGACCAAUGUAUAUGUGAAGAAAAAAAAAAAGAAAAAUAAAAAUUUAAAAGUAUAUAAUUAUGAGAAAUUUACACUGGAAAUUCCAAGAAAAGUUGAAAAAUGUAUAGAAAUGAAAGGAUCAAUAAAAGCCCCAAGUAACUUUAUAAAACAAAAAAAUGAAAAAAAUACAAAACAAACAAUAGAAGAAGCAUCCAAACAAGCACGAGAAAAAAAAUUGGAGGAAAUUUCAUUGCCUUCAAAAAAAGGAAGAAACAUAAUAUUUAAAACGGCAACAGAACCAGGAAUGUUACAAGGACCUAUAACGCGAAGACUAAUACCAGGUGCCAUGCCAAGUUGCAUGUCAUGUACCACACAUGGAACAAUGUCAGAUUACAUGUCAAGUAUAUCACCAGAAGAGUUGCCAGGUUACAUGUCAAAUAUCACAUCUGAAACAAUGCCAUAUUACAUGUCAAAUAUCACAUCUGAAACAAUGCCAUAUUACAUGCCAAAUAUCACACACGAAACAAUGCCAUAUUACAUGUCAAGUACUACAUCUGGAACAAUGCCCGGUUACAUGUUAGAUAUCACAAAUGAAACAAUGCCUUGUUACAUGCCAAGUACUACAUCAAGAACAAUGCCCAGUUACAUGUUAGAUAUCCCACCUGGAGCAAUACCUAGUACUGUACCAGAAGAAAUACAAAGUUACAUACCAGAAACAGUAUCUGGUUUCACGUCUGAAUCAAUACCGAGUUACACACCAGAAUCAGUAUCUGGUUUCAUACCAGUAGCAAUGCCAGAUUACAUGCCAAGUAUCAUACCGGGAACUAUACAGGAAAUAGUUCCAGGAUCAGAACCAGGAAUAAUACAAGGGUUAAUGCACAUAUCAACAAGAAAAAAAAACUUAACAACAAAAUCAUCAGGAACACAGACACCAAUAUCAUCAGGCACACAGACGCCAAUAUCAUCAAGAGCACAGACACCAGAGUCAUCAGGAACACAGACACCAGAAUCAUCAGGAACACAGACACCAGAAUCAUCAGGAACACAGACACAAGAGUCAUCAGGAGCACAGACUCCAAUAUCAUCAAGAGCACAGACACCAGAGUCAUCAGGAACACAGACGCCAAUAUCAUCAAGAGCACAGACACUAGAGUCAUCAGGAACACAGACACCAGAAUCAUCAGGAACACUUACACCAACGUCAUCAGGAAUGCUAUCGCCAAAUGAGACAUAUAAAUCUAUAGAAACAUCUAUACCAGAACAAACUGAUAAAUCAACACUAUUAUCAACUGAAAAACCAACUUUAUUGCCGAAAACAGAUGCUUUUAAACUAAGAAGAUCAAUGAGCUUAUAA